AUCUUGAGUGGUUGUGUUUUCGCUAUCGAGCAAAAUGUCUCAGGUGUAUGAAAACAUCUUUCGUGACGCUCUGAAAGAUUUCAGAGUUUCAGAGGAUGGCCUCAUUUCAGGCUAUUGUAAUUCGUUGGAGGAGGUGGAAACACUUCUCGAUCAGCUGAAAACUGUGGGGUUUUCAUACUGCGUGAGAAGUAGUCGUUUUAAAGAGCCAUCUUCAGAUGUUAUGAAAAGUAAAACAAAGCAUUUCUUCAAGCAAAUGCAGGGACAUGUCCCUAUCCCCUUUUUUGGUUGUGCAUUUGCAGUGGAGAGUGUGUGGUCAAGGCACUGUGUUUUGGGGCCAAAAUACUAUAAAAGUAAAGAGUCUAGUGUACCUGAGCACUUGGAAGACCAUAUGACUCCUCGUAAGAGAUUGAGGAUCAUGGAUACUAGAAAAUCCAACUGCCCAGCAACUUUAAAUAUGAAGUGUAUAAGGGUGUAUCCUGAUUACAGUAUGCACUCAGCAACUGAACACAGGGAUACCAAGGCAAAAGUCCUUGCAAGUCUACAGAAAGAUUUAGCAUUGCCAUGCCCGCCUAAGAGCUACCUACGUUAUUAUUUGACUGCUUCCCCAGCAAGUGCACACACACAUGCUACUGAAAGUGUUGAAGCAAGUGGGUACAUACAUCCUUCACUUGUAAAGGAAAUCAAAAACUUAGUACUCAGUGGAAUGACAUCUCUCAAAGUCAUUAAGUUGGCAUCUAGAUAGAU